AUGCUCUCUCCCUCUUUUGUCGUCAUCUGGGAAUUCGAAGGCAAACCUAAGAUCAGCUACGUUACAGUGUUCGAGCGCCCGGGAUUGCAAGAAUUCUUGAAUCAACUAAGUGAAUUUGCUGAACUUGUUCUAUUCACUGCUGGCCUUGAAGGCUAUGCUAGACCGCUUGUUGACAGAAUUGAUGCGGAAAAUCGGUUUAGUCAUCGACUUUAUAGGCCUUCUACAAUUUGUACUGAGUUUCGGGAACAUGUGAAAGACCUCUCCUGCUUAUCGAAAAAUUUAUGCCGAACCGUUAUCGUAGACAACAAUCCCUUUAGUUUCUUGUUGCAGCCACUAAACGGAAUCCCAUGCAUUCCAUUUUCUGCGGGGCAACCACAUGAUACACAGGUACCACGAUUUCCGUUGUCUUAAAACUCGUUACCUUCAUUCAAUAUCGAUUAGUUAAAGUAUGUCUGAUUACUUACACAUUGUUUACAACCGUUUUUAUGUCGAAAAGCUUCUGGAUGUC